AUAGGGACCCCACAGGCGCCCCUGGAGAUAGGGGAGUUAGGAAGCAGCCAGUGGAUGCCCCCUAACAGGUCCUGAGGCCUGGUGCCCACAUCCUGCCCACCGUCCCAGGGGGUGCAGGGUGAGGACAGGCCAUCUAGGAAUUGGGCUGUAGCCUCUGGCCCUUCCUGUGACCUGGGGCUGCCUGACCCCUGAGUGGGGCCACUGAGGAGUGCAGAUGCUGCCUGGACAUCCCAGGCCUUGCUGGCCACCCAGCAGCCACCUCAUCCUGACCCUGGCAAAGGGCAGGUGGGAUCCCAGGUCCCCAGGGUCGGGCAGACCCAGCCCAGCCCAGGAGCAGCCCCGAGUCCCCAGUGCAUGGCGUGGGGGCAGGGAGUCCUCCUGCCACUGUCUGUCCCCUGGCCCUCCUCAAGGACGAGCCCACCUGGCCAUGCCCACGGCGACAGGAAAAAGGUCCUGUUGCCACAGCCCCGCCUGGACAUCUAGGCUGUCAAGGGCGCUGGGCCUUGGCCUAUGCCGGGGCCUCCCAAGGGGCCGAGUGUCUGAGGAUUCUGGACAACUCCCACAGAGAUGGGUGGCACGGAAGGUGCCGUGGGCACGAGGCUGGGGAGGGGACAGGGGCAGCUCUGGGGCCUGGGAAAGGCCUGGUCUGGAGGCGCCUCCCACCUUGUGGGCUUAGACCAAGAAGAGGACGUGGGUGUGAACAUGGCGUGAGAGUGCUGGCUGGUGUGAGCGCAUGUAGGGGUUGAGAGAGCACUCUUUCACGCCUGUAUGCGGGUGUGUGCACACAGUGUUCUCACGUGCCUAUGUGUGGGUGCCUGUGAGUGUGCACACCGUAUUCUCACGUGCCUGUGGGGGGCAGAUGUCUACAGUUCUCAUGUGACUGUGCAGGUGUGUGCACACGGUGUCCUCACGUGCCUGUGUGCACCGGUGCAUGCGUGUGCACACGGUAUUCUCACAUGCCUAUGUGCGGGUGCGUGCGUGCGCACACAGUGUUCUCACGUGCCUGUGUGGGGGCAGGUGUGUACAUGGUGCUCUCAUGUGCUUGUGUGCAGGUGUGUGCACACGGUGUUCUCAUGUGCCUGUGUGGGGGCAGGUGUGUACAUGGUGUUCUCACGUGCCUGUGUGCGGGUGCGUGCGUGUGCACACGGUGUUCUCACGUGCCUGUGUGGAGGCAGGUGUGCAUAUGGUGUUCUCACGUGCCUGUGUGGGGGCAGGUGUGCAUAUGGUGUUCUCACGUGCCUGUGUGGGGGCAGGUGUGCAUAUGGUGUUCUCACGUGCCUGUGUGGGGGCAGGUGUGCAAAUGGUGUUCUCACGUGCCUGUGUGGGGGCAGGUGUGCAUAUGGUGUUCUCACGUGCCUGUGUGGGGGCAGGUGUGCAUAUGGUGUUCUCACGUGCCUGUGUGGGGGCAGGUGUGCAUAUGGUGUUCUCACGUGCCUGUGUGGGGGCAGGUGUGCAUAUGGUGUUCUCACGUGCCUGUGUGGGGGCAGGUGUGCAUAUGGUGUUCUCACGUGCCUGUGUGGGGGCAGGUGUGCAUAUGGUGUUCUCACGUGCCUGUGUGGGGGCAGGUGUGCAUAUGGUGUUCUCACGUGCCUGUGUGGGGGCAGGUGUGCAUAUGGUGUUCUCACGUGCCUGUGGGCAUGUGCACACGGUGUGCACACAGUGGAGCAUGUCACAGAGAGAGAGGUUGGUUGAGGAGCCGGAGCCAGGAGGAGCCCGGGGCACUUACAAAGUAC